GUCAAGCCUAUCAAGAGUCACUCGCUUAAAGCUUCAUUGCAUAUAGAUAUCUAUCAUGGCAGAAGUGUUUGAAACUUCUAGUAUUUCAGCAUCUUCCAAAUUAGGAGCUGAUGAAGAUUGCAUCACUCGUCGGAAAGGAAAUCAUCACCCUAAUUUGUGGAGCGACGAUUUCAUACAGUCUCUUAGUUCUCCAUAUGAAGAUUCCUCAUACUAUGAGCAUAGGGAAAUACUAAUUAAUGAGAUUCAUGAUAUGUUUUCUAAUGGAGAAGAACACUUUAGUCUACAUGAAAGGAUUUUGUUUGUUGAUGUUCUACAACGCUUGGGAAUAGAUCGACAUUUUCAAGAGGAAAUAAAAAUGAUGCUUGACAAUAUUUACAAGUAUUGGAAUCAUAACAUUAUUGGUGAUCUCAACAUGAUGGCUCUAGGAUUUCGGAUACUACGAUUGAAUAGAUAUGAUGUUUCCUCAGAUGUUUUUCAAAAAUUUAAAGCUGAAGAAGGCCAAUUCUUUGGGUUUGGAUCUAGCCAUGAAGAUACAAAAUUAGCAAUUAUGUUGAAUUUAUAUAAAGCUUCAGAGCUAGAUUUUCCUGAUGAAAAAAUCUUAAAAGAAGCUAGAGUUUUUGCAUCUACAUACCUACAACGGGCUAUGAAGGAAUAUGGUGACAUAAAAGAAAAGAAAAAUCCACUUUUGAUAGAGAUUGAAUAUUCUAUGAAAUAUGCUUGGAGAUCUAGGAUUCCAAGAUGGGAGGCUUGGAACUUUAUUCAGAUAUUUGAACAACAAAUUUACAAUGGUUCAUUUGCCAAUAACAUUUAUAAGAUUCCAAACACAUAUAGCCAAAAGCUAUUGGAACUAGCAAUUUUGGACUUCAAUAUUUUACAAGCUCAACAUCAAUCUGAAUUGAAAUUAGUGUCCACAUGGUGGAAAAAUUCAAGUGUAAUUCAACUUGAUUUCUUUCGGCAUCGUCAUGUGGAAUUUUACUUUUGGUGGGCUUCCUCAUUAUUUGAACCGGAGUUCAACACAAGUAGAAUUGGUUUUACAAAAUUGGCUACCAACAUUUCCCUCAUUGAUGAUACUUAUGACACUUAUGGGAUCAUUGAUGAGUUGCGAUCAUUCACAACAGCCUUAAUAAGAUGGGAUAUUUCCACAAUUGAGAAUCUUCCAGACUAUAUGAAAAUCGCAUUCAAAUUUUCAUACCAGAUACACAAGGAAGUUGCAAGUGAAGCUGAAAGAAAGCAUGGUUCUUUUGUUCACAAAUACAUUCAAUCUUGUUGGAAGAGUUUUAUCUCAUCUUAUAUGCAAGAAGCAGAAUGGAUAGCUUCUAAUCAUACACCAGGUUUUGAUGAAUAUCUAAUGAAUGGGACAAAAAGUAGUGGCAUGAGAAAUCUAUUGGUCCAUUCAUUAAUACUAAUGAACAUUCCAUUAUCUGAUGAGAUGUUGGCACAACUUGAUAUCCCAUCAUCAAAGUUGCAAGAUCUUGUAUCAUUGACUACACGACUAGUGGAUGAUAUCAAAGAUUUUGAGGAUGAGAAAGCUCGUGGAGAGACAGCCUCAAGCAUCGAGUGUUAUAUGAAAGACAACCCUGGUUCUACAAGGGAAGAUGCUUUAAACUAUAUCACAAAUUAUAUUGAGAGUUGUGUACAAGAGUUAAAUAAGGAGUUUCUCAAGCCUUCAAAUAUACCAGAUUAUUGUAGGAACCUAUAUUUCAAUGCUGGAAUGCGAGGUAUAUUUUUCUUAUUCAAGGAUGUUGAUGGUUUAACAUUUUCUCAUCACAAGGAGAUACAAGAUGCAAUAACAAAGAUUCUGGUGGAACCAAUCAUACCAUAGACUAGAAUUUAGAUUAUGUAGUAUAAUUAGUAUCAUGUCCCCAAAAAUGCUACUUAAAACACUUUUUAAAAUGUGGACUAUCUCUCAUUAUAGUUUGGAUGAGAGUAUUGAUUGAUAUCUCAUUGUAAUAUUAUGAAUCCUAUUUUCAAUGUCAGAUAGAACAUUAUAAUUAA